CCUCAUCGACUACCACCAGCACCACCUAUUAAAAGACCAAGAUCCCUUCGACAUCAAAUACAGAUUAUAUGCUGUAGUGUCGCACUCCGGGCAGAUGAGCGGCGGUCACUACGUGGCCUACGCGCGCAACCCGUCGGGCGCGUGGCUGUGCUACAACGACAGUUCCUGCCGCGAGCUGCCAGGCCGCAGCCCGCCCAUCGACCCCGCCAGCGCCUACCUGCUGUUCUACGAGCGACAGGGACUCGACUACGAGAGGUAUCUACCCGAUAUAACUGGGAAAGAACCGGUAGUGAAAGAUGCAGAAGUCCUGGACCCUGACGACAACGACCUCAAGAAGAUGUGCUCCAUCAUGUAGGAACAGUUUUGAUAGUAGAGUCGAGAGGUUCAGACUACGCGCCCGGGCCGCGGGCUUCAGGCCAGCUGUGAGCCUGUGACCAGGCUGUGGCCACGCUGCUCAUGUUGGUAUGCGCGACAUCCGGACAACUCCGUCAGUUUCGACAUCCCCUUAUUCACGUGGUCCAGACAAAAAAGUGGUAAAAAACAUUAUUUUGAAAUCCACGCAACAACAAAUGUAAUCAAAGUUAUAUUUUCAUUAUUUAUUAGCAUUGAUGUUGUGGAAUAUUGAGGAAUAACUCUACCGCGUACGGGACCACGAAAACGAAACGCUCAAAUAAAAUAAUUUGUUGUAUUGAAUCAUUACAUUCAGUUUUACGAAGUUAUAAUUCAUUGAUAAGUAUUGGUUCAAUAAAAAACGGCUUGUUUUGAAUGUUUUUCAAACAAUUUUAUUGUAUAAGUAUAUCUUGUAGCUGACGGCUAUCCGAACCUAAUACCAAAACGUAUAGAUACACAAAUUAAAAAUAAUAUAUUUAAAAAUUAUGAACAACUGAACAUAAAUUAUAACCUUUAUGAUGUAUUUUAAAUUUUGAUGUUGAUUUUAUUUUAUUAGGUGUUUUGCGCGAUAUCGCUAGUUCCGUUGAUUUAAACCACAGGUGACACAAUGAAUAGCGAUUCAACUGCAUUUGGUUAUUAUAACAUGAUAUAGUUCAAGCCUUUUCGAUCUAGGAAAAGAUGCUUCUGACAUGUUUUAUCUAGAUUGUUUCUUCGUAUCUCUUAAGUAAGUUAUAUAAAAUGUAUCGUCUAUACAUUAUGUGGUCUGUGGUUAGGGUUGUAAACAGUGUUUUGUUUGUUAUUAUGAUUGUGUAGUUGUAAUGCAUUCCUAUUGUUGGUUCAUUUUAAGCGUUCUGAGCAACAUGCGGGACUGUUGAGAUGGUUCGAAGCUUUAUAGCAAAUGUGGGUGGAAACAUAAUUAACAGCAAUUAAUUGGAACACGUAGCGUCGUUAUAGAGUCCCUAUAACUUCCUUUCCACUUCAUAAGUAUAAAAGUACUUUCGCUAAAGUAUUAAUGCCUGAUGAGGUGAUGAAUCUGAUAAUUAUGUUUUCGUUCAUUUACAAUUUGUUUUCUUGUUAAUGGUUGCCAACGUGUUCGCAUCCAUGUAAUAAUAAUGUCAAGCAAUUGUGAUAUAGUUUGAAAUAUAAAUCGUUGGGUUGCUCUCGACCUCUGAACACAGUGGUCUGUUACAAAAGCGCGUUGUCAACCCAAAAGGUAAUGUUAUAAGUUUUGUUGAGGCCGGCGACAGAACAAAACAAGCGCGUCGCCCGGCCUCGCCCGUUACUUUAAUAUUAUAAUGGAGACUGAUGUGAUGUAAUAUAAUAAAUGUGAAGUGCUAUAUUUUACUCAUUGGAAUAUUUUGUAUUUAAUUAUUGUAAAUAGUGCGUCGGUAAUGUUUUGUACCAAGUAACGUUUGUGUGUGACCAUUGUAUGUGCGGACUAUAGACGAUAUAGUCGUCGAAUUGCUCAGCUGUCUGUAUCGUGAUAUAAAUAGCUUAGGACGCGACUUUCAUUAUUUUAAAAGUCACACAUAAUACAAUUUGUGUAUAAGCAGUCUCUCCGUUUCGUUGGUCCAAAACAUUAAUAACGGAAUAUUAAAAUAAUAUAUUCUUCUAGUGCGGAAACUAUUUAGUGUUACGAUACUGUGUUAUUGGCGAUUUAUGUUGUUUAAACGAAACAAUUAGUUAUUGUUGUAUGAGUGUACCGAGCCUCAGUGCGGGGCUCGCUGUAACUGUCUCCGCGCGGACGGCUUAGGGCACAAUCAAGUGAUGCUUAAUAAAUUCUAGUGAAUACGAUAUAUAAGUAUUAGACUACGUUAAGUAAUAUAUUAUUAUUGAUAUUAUGAGCCGGUGUGCACGAUCCUAUCAUAUUAAUUUGUAAACAUUGUAAUCGAUAUAAUUUAAACCGUAGCUUUUAUAACGCGACGUUACGCUAGCAAGUUACUGCUAGUCAGGGUAGUUGUAUAAACAGGACACCAGUGUUGUACCACGUGCGUCCAUGUUUAGUCGAUAUUUUUAUUUAUUCGAUCGUGUGCACCUCUAUUCGUUACACGGCUACAAUAGUUGAAAACAGCUAUUUCUCAUAGACUAUCAAAGCUAGAGAUAAAGUCUAUACGAUUUUAAAGUAGCCGUUGCCGCAAUACUCGUCUAAACCACGAUAGGUGCGCACGCGCAUAUUUUGUAUAUUUUAACGUAUGUAAUUUCGGUAUUGUUGUAAUGCCAUUGUGAGUGAAUCGUGCCAUUGAUCGAGUUUCCUUCUUCUAUACCAAAGCACUAUUUUUUCUUACACUUGGUUGGAAAUUAAAACUGCGACCAGACAUAGCUGACUGAGUAAUUCCCAAAUAUUUAAAAUGUUCACACAAGUUUAUAAUAUAGAUCAUUACUUGCUUGCUUGUCUAUCUGUCAUUCUUUUCUAUCUGUCUCUGAAAUAGUUAUUGAUAUUGUUUCAAAACUGCUUUGUGUUUGGUUAGUUAAAACACAAGACGAUCUUUCUAUUUUUUCUGCUAGAUUAGGAUAACUCGUGAUGUACACACACACACACACACACACUAAGUCUGGUCGUAAUUUUAACAAAAUUCAACGAUUACCCACACUAUGACAGUUUUGAUAAAAACUAUCAGAUUGUUCACUUGUUUUGAUACAAUUAGCUUUAUCGUCAGUGCGUGGCUCCGAGCUAUACCUGGUAUGUCUGGUAUGGAGACAUACCAAUAUCUCUUGCGUUCAAUGUUAUAUCAAAUUGUUAUCCAUUUAAGUAUUUUGAAUAUCCCUGUGCAAUAAAGAAUUUCUUUUGUAUGUAA